UUCCGAGAGGCUCCGCCCCAUCUGCAGCCUCGGUGGCUCACGGGGCUUGAGACGUCAGUUUUGUAUGGCAGCCUCCAGGAAGCACUGAAGUGAGUGCGUGGGGAGGAAAAGACCAGGAACAUGGCUCCAAAGAUUACUACUGAGCUGCUUAAACAGCUGCAGCAGGCAAUGAAAAGCUCCAAGUAUGUCCCAGAGCCUAUCCAAGCUUACAUCGUGCCCUCAGGAGAUGCGCACCAGAGUGAGUACAUUGCACCUUGUGACUGCCGAAGAGAGUUCAUCUGCGGGUUUGAUGGCUCAGCAGGAACUGCCAUUGUAACGGAGCAAUAUGCAGCUAUGUGGACAGAUGGGCGCUACUUUCUUCAGGCUGCCCAGCAAAUGGAUACCAACUGGACACUCAUGAAGAUGGGACUGAAGGACACUCCCACACAGGAAGACUGGCUUGUGAGUGUGCUCCCCGAGGGCUCCAAAGUUGGAGUCGAUCCUUUCAUUAUCCCAGCAGAUCAGUGGAAGAGAAUGUCCAAAGUUCUGAAAAGUGCUGGCCAUGCCCUUGUGCCAGUCAAAGACAAUCUGAUUGAUGUCAUAUGGGUGGAUCGGCCACCACGGCCUUGCAAACCCCUGAUGACACUGGACCUGAGCUACACAGGGAUCAGCUGGAAAGACAAGAUCACAGCUCUGCGAGCAAAAAUGGCAGAAAGGAAGGCCCUCUGGUUUGUGGUGACAGCCUUGGAUGAAGUGGCAUGGCUCUUUAAUCUCAGAGGCUCUGACGUAGACUACAAUCCGGUCUUUUUUGCGUAUGCCAUCAUAGGGACUAAUACAAUCAGGUUGUUUAUUGAUGGUGACCGCAUUGCAGAGCCAGGGGUGAGGGAGCAUCUGUUGCUGGAUUCUGCUCAGGAUGCAGAGUUUAGCAUCCAAGUUCUGCCGUAUGACUCCAUCCUGACGGUACUGAAAUCCAUCUGUGACACCCUCUCUUCUCAUGAGAAGGUUUGGCUCUGUGACAAAGCCAGCUAUGCCCUGACCCAGGCCAUCCCCAAGGAUCACCGCUAUCUCAGCCCCUAUACUCCUAUCUGUAUUGCUAAAGCUGUGAAGAAUCCAAUAGAGGCUGAAGGCAUGAGAAAAGCACAUAUUAAAGAUGCAGUUGCUCUAUGUGAGCUAUUUAACUGGCUGGAGAAGGAGGUUACCAAAAGCAACAUUACCGAAAUAUCAGCUGCAGACAAAGCAGAGGAGUUUCGUCGCCAGCAAGAGAACUUCGUUGACUUGAGCUUUGCUACCAUUUCAAGCACAGGCCCAAACGGUGCCAUCAUUCACUACAAGCCAGCUCCCGAGACAAAUCGGACUUUAUCCACGGAUGAGAUCUACCUCCUGGAUUCUGGUGCUCAGUAUAAGGAUGGAACUACAGACGUGACAAGGACCAUGCAUUUUGGCACUCCAACGGCAUAUGAAAAGGAGUGCUUCACCUAUGUGCUGAAGGGUCACAUAGCAGUCAGUGCAGCCAUAUUCCCCAAUGGAACCAAAGGUCACCUGCUAGAUUCCUUCGCCCGGUCUGCAUUGUGGGAUCAAGGCUUAGAUUACCUGCAUGGCACAGGACAUGGAGUUGGUGCUUUCCUAAAUGUCCAUGAAGGUCCAUGUGGCAUUAGCUACAAAACCUUUGCAGAUGAACCUCUGGAAGCUGGGAUGAUUGUUUCUGAUGAACCUGGUUAUUAUGAAGAUGGUUCUUUUGGGAUCCGGAUAGAAAACGUGGUCAUUGUAAUUCCUACCAAAACGAAGUACAAUUUCAGCAACAGAGGGAGUCUGACUUUUGAACCCUUGACCCUGGUUCCGAUCCAGACCAAAAUGAUACAUGUUCAUUUGCUGACCCCAAAAGAGUGCGACUGGGUGAAUGACUACCACAAAAAAUGCAGAGAAGUUGUCGGGGCAGAACUCGAACGACAAGGACGACAUGAAGCUCUCCAGUGGCUCAUUAGGGAAACAGAGCCAAUCUCCAAAAUGCACUAACAGCAGUGUUCUUUUUGGUUUUUUAAAAAAGUAAUUUCUUUUUAAAAUUGCAAAUGCAGGACUGGUUCAACGUCACAAUAAUCUAGUCAGUGCUACCAAGCCUGAGGGUGGGUGGUGAAGAAGAAUGUGAAAAUGCUUUCGUAAUGAUCAGAAAGAUUGGGGACAGAGAGCAGGGGCAAGGUGGAGCUGGUUUGUGCAAACAUUUCUUCCUUCAUGAUUCUCAAUCUCUUUUCCUCUUAAAAAUGGUGGCGGGAGGUGGGGGGGGGACCAGCUACGGGUGUACAAAUGGUGUGAUGUAACUAGUAUAUAUCUUAAUAUUUUUUGUUAUUGUUAAACCUGCAUUACAAAGUUUGUAAUAAACUAACAAUGUGCAAUAAUAGGUAUAAAUCCUGUUUUGUAAGUCUCUUGAGAGAUAUAAAUGUCCAAAGAUGAUACUAUAUACUAUUUGCUGGAUAUGCAAUAUUGAAUACUACUUGAAAUGACGGCAGAGCUGAUCGCUGGUGAAAAUGGCUGCAAAUUCAUCAGCAAGAGCUGAUGAAUGAUGAGAAUAGCUGCGAGUUCUAAUGACUGCAAAACAGGUAGCACUAAUAUUCUCUUUCGUGUAACUUCUUCAAUUACAGUCAAAAACUAUUAAUACAGGUCUGUGGUCUAUAAUCUUCUUAAUCCACUUAAGGCUGCAGUGUUUGUUUAUUUACUGAUUCUCCUGCUAUUUUCUUGUAAUUUUGAGGACCUGUAGUUUCUGGUCCUCUUGAGCAGUUAAGCGGCAUUGGAGAAGAGCCUAUUUCACAAAUAAAACAGAGUAUUAGUGCUACCUGUUUUCCAGUCAUUAGAACUCGCAGCCAUUUUCAUCAACUAUUAGCUCUGCAGUCAUUUUAAGUAGUAUUUAAUAUUGCGUAUCCAGCACAUUGUACGUAGCAUUAUCUUUGGACAUUUAUAUUUAGCUCUCAAGAGACAUACAAAACAAGAUUUAGACCUAUUAUUGCACAUUGUUAGCUUAUUGCAAACUUUGUAAUGCAUUGCAACAUGGUUUAAUAGAUUAAAAGAAGUUAUAUUAAGAUAUGAUAUAUACUGGUUACAUCACACCAUUUGUACAGCAGUAUCUGGUUUUUCCCCUUUUUUGCUCUGUGUUUUCAGAUACUGCCCCCCCUUUUUUUGUUCACCUCUUAAAGAUGAACCAAAAUAAAACUGGAGCUAUGAAAUCCAUCUCUGAUGCAGAGGAUGGGCCCGAGGGGUGGUGCAGUGUCACUGUGAGAACUUUCUCUGGAUUCAUUAUUGUAUUUGUUUAUGUGAAUUCCCAAGUUCUUACAGCAGAUCAAGCUACCUGGGAGUGAGAGAACCAAUCUUUAAAUGUUGCCACAUAUCAACAGCAGAUGUGUGAUCAUCUGUAUAGGUGCUAGGUUUUCUGAGAACCAGUAUUCAUGAUGGACAUAUAUUGAAAGAUUUCAAAGCCUAGCUUUGAUGCAUUUUAGCUGAAAUGUACCUAAAGGAGAGUUACACAUGUGCUUAUCACUCAGUGAAAUCAUUCACACAGUCAAAAACUGUGUUCAACCUGGGUUUGGGAGCUGUGUAUGUUCCCAGUUUUUAGUUGUGUGGAAGCAAGGUAGGAAAAGAUACCAGCUUUUCCUCCUACCUUGCUUCCACACAAUCACUUCUGCCUAGGUUUUCUUCUUACAUUGCUUCCACACAACCAAAAAUUGGGAGCACACACAGCUCCCAAACCUGAGUAGAACACAGUUUUUGAUUGUGUGGAUGAUCUCAGUGACUGUGCCAUCAAGUGAUGACUUGUGUCUGUGUAAUUGCCUUCACAUACCAACCACCAUAGACAAGACUUUCAUAUAACCACCUACAAUCUCUCCUGAAACACCACGAUUUUCAACAGAUGUGAUUCACAAGGCCUGCAAAAACUAGCCCUGACUUGCCAAGUCUGCAGGCUGUUUCAUGUAAAACUGUUUAAGACACAAAUAUUAAUAUCUGCAUUUGCAAAAGUGUGCUAAUGCAGUAUGGCAGUGACUACUCCACUCUUUUGAUCUCUCCCCCCACUUCUUGAAAUAGGGUGUAGGCUCCUGGGCAGGUAUAUUUAAUAUCCACAUUGGAAAAGGCAAUAUGUCAAUGGCCUUUUAGUGUCUGAGUGAAUAUUGUACAUUGCUUGGACCAUGUUUCUGCUGAUUUUUUCUUUCCCCACAAGCAAGACCUCUUAAGUGCCAAGUGCCAAUAAACAUAAUACUUCUUU